GCCAUGUUGCCGCGGGCGCGGGGCGCUGAGCCUGGACAGCGGCUGAGGGGCGCCGGGGCCACCUGGGGCGGGACUUGAGGGGGCACCUGAGGGACAGCGCGGCUCCUCCGCCCGGCCGCCGCCGCCACCGCUCCCCGCCGGGGCACCGCCGGCAGCGAGGCAAAGUCCGCUUCGAAACUUCCUUGCGGGACUUUGAGCAACUUGAGGCCGCGGAGGUGUAGCCGGGCACGGCUCAGGGAGCGGCCGCUGCGCGCCGCGGGGCCCCUCUGUGUGGGGUGGGACCGCCGCGGUCGGAGCAGCUGGAUUGAGAAUCAUCUGGAGCAGAAACACAUUUCACAUGUGAAGCUCUUCAGAAUCUGUUAUCUGUCUUGAAUCAACUUAUUUCUGCAUACUUGUAAUUUUAUAUAGCUGCUAAAUACAGACCAUGCCUAGCAGAAUGGGCUCAAAAAUUGAUCUGAACAAAGACUUCAUCAGAGUUAAAACACACUACAGUGGGGACAUCCUGAUAACAAACUUGGAUGCAUCAAUGAGCUAUGCUGAACUCUGUGAUGAAGUGCAUGAGAUGUGUAACUUGGAACAGGAGCAGCCAAUUACCCUCAAGUGGAUUGAUGAUGAAGGUGACCCCUGUACCAUCUCAUCUCAGAUGGAGCUGGAGGAAGCAUUCCGUUUGUAUUGCCAGAACAGAGAUGAAGGACUGAUCAUUCAUGUUUUCCCAAGUACUCCAGAGAAACCCGGCAUGCCUUGUCCAGGAGAAGAUCAAUCCAUCUACCGCCGGGGAGCCCGAAGAUGGAGGAAGCUGUACCGAGUGAAUGGGCAUUUGUUUCAAGCCAAACGUUUUAACAGAAGAGCUUACUGUGGCCAGUGCAGUGAAAGGAUAUGGGGGCUCGCAAGGCAAGGCUACAAGUGUAUCAACUGCAAGCUGUUGGUCCAUAAACGUUGUCACAUCCUUGUCCCACUGACCUGCAAAAGGCAUAUGGAUUCGGUCAUGCCUUCCCAGGAACCUCGCUUAGAUGACAAAAACGAUGAGGCUGAUCUCCCUUCAGAAGACACUGAUGGAAUUCCCUACAUUCCUUCAAACCGGAAACAUGACACCAUUAAAGAUGACUCUGAGGAUCUCAAACCAGUCAUUGAUGGAAUGGAUGGAAUUAAGAUUUCUCAGGGGCUUGGACUCCAGGACUUUGAUUUAAUCCGAGUCAUUGGCCGUGGAAGUUAUGCCAAAGUUCUUCUGGUUCGGUUAAAAAAGAAUGAUCAGAUCUAUGCUAUGAAAGUAGUGAAAAAAGAACUGGUUCAUGAUGAUGAGGAUAUUGAUUGGGUACAGACAGAGAAACAUGUGUUUGAACAGGCAUCCAGUAACCCAUUCCUAGUUGGUUUACAUUCAUGCUUUCAAACAACAAGUCGAUUGUUCCUUGUCAUAGAGUAUGUGAAUGGGGGAGACCUCAUGUUCCACAUGCAACGGCAGAGGAAACUUCCUGAGGAACAUGCAAGGUUUUAUGCUGCUGAAAUUUGUAUUGCUCUAAACUUCCUACAUGAAAGAGGCAUCAUCUACAGAGAUUUAAAACUGGACAAUGUUCUCUUAGAUGCAGAGGGUCAUAUCAAAUUGACAGAUUAUGGCAUGUGCAAGGAAGGUUUGGGCCCAGGUGACACUACAAGCACUUUCUGUGGGACACCAAAUUACAUUGCACCAGAGAUCCUCAGAGGAGAAGAAUAUGGGUUCAGUGUGGACUGGUGGGCACUGGGGGUGCUGAUGUUCGAGAUGAUGGCCGGGAGGUCCCCGUUCGACAUCAUCACUGACAAUCCAGACAUGAACACUGAAGAUUACCUCUUCCAAGUUAUUCUGGAGAAGCCAAUCCGGAUUCCAAGGUUUCUUUCUGUCAAGGCUUCCCAUGUGUUAAAAGGAUUUUUAAACAAGGAUCCCAAAGAAAGGCUUGGCUGUCAGCCCCAGACAGGAUUUGCUGAUAUCAAGUCUCACACGUUUUUCCGCAGCAUAGACUGGGAUCUGCUGGAGAAGAAGCAGACGACGCCCCCGUUCCAGCCGCAGAUCACGGACGAUUACGGCUUGGACAACUUCGACACGCAGUUCACCAGCGAGCCCGUGCAGCUCACCCCAGAUGAUGAAGAUAUAAUAAAGCGAAUAGAUCAGUCAGAAUUUGAAGGAUUUGAAUAUAUUAAUCCAUUGUUGCUGUCAACAGAAGAAACAGUAUGAAGGAAUGACCUCGUUGGGGACAGUAUGAAUGACAUUAAUUUAUCCUUAACUACAGUAUAUGCAUGCGAGGCUGGGGACUGGUCACUCUGGAUGGAGACCAAUGAUCUAAAAACAAAUUUGCUGCUGAAAAUCAAAGAAGAGAAUUAUGAUUUUGGUGGGUGUCCUCUGCCACUUAGUGAUUCUUAAGUUCUGGGCACUGACACAACUGGCUUCAUUAAUGAAGGAAUUUGCAUUUUGUGCCUGUUUCAUGAAGGAUUGAAACGUUCAUUGCAUCCCUGCAAAAGGAGAUCAUGAGAAACUUUGAGAUCCACACACUUUCUACAAACAUUUGAUGCAGUGAGCUCCCAGUUGAAGAGUAUUACAGUGUAACAUCCUGAAGAAUAAAAUAUAUUACAGUGGUGUUGAAGCUUAUUUUUGAUGCCUUUUUUCACAAGUGGUACCUGUCUAAACAUCUCAGAUAUAUUUAAAAGGAGUUGUGUUUUAUUAGCAAUCAAAACAUAAAUUUGGGUACAAGAUUUAAGUGCCUAAAUGGAUAAACUGCAUUGAAGGAUUAUUGCAUAUUUGGGACGUUCUUACACCUGGUAAGUUCUGCUUGUUAAUAUUAAGUAAAAUUCCAUCUGAAACAUACAGUUCACAGCUGCAGCCUGAUGUUUAGUUGCAUUUUUACAGAAUUUGGAAUGCAGAGUGACUCAGUGAGAUCAAUUCCAAAUUAGAAUUUACGGUAUCAAUUACAGAAUCUGUUGUCUUAAACUCCAAAUUUACCAAAAUGUAGAGAUUGAAGAAAACUAAAUUUGCACACAAAGGAUUUCUGAACAUACUUAAGCAGUGCCUACACCUACAAUGAUAUUGUGUUGUAUAUUAGAUUUUUGAAAAGUAUUUUUAUCAACAAUACAAAUAUUCAGAUGUAGAGCAAGAGCAUAGUAAAGCAUAGCCUUAAAGUAGUAAAUCUAGAAUAACCAUAAGAUAAAAUCCACUUUCCUGAUAAAGCACACCUCCUGCUUAUGAUAAACUGUCUGCUUACAGUUGCUCAGUGUGCAUUAAUAACUAAUCAUUCUGCAGCAGAGAAUGGGAUCUUUCAGCGAGACGAUUUGCAUCAAAGCAGUACAAUUCUUUUAAAAGCAGAAAAACAAAUACCUAAGAAAUUGGAAGAAGCAAAAGACAACUGUGGAAUCCCUUCUGGUGGGAGCUGGGGGUGCCAGGGGCAGGGGAGGACUCUGGCAAAGGCAGGCUGGAGGGGCCCUGGGCCCCCUGGGCCAGCAGAGGCUCUGCUGCCUCGGGCUGGGCUCCAGGGCUGCUGUGGGAAGGGAAAGCAAACCCUGUGCUGGCAUCUCACCUGAGCGGGUGGAAAACACAGGAGAAAUUGUGACACUUUCACUUUCUUUACAUUAACCUAUGGUUUUCUCAGGGUACAGCAUUGCAUUAGGUGCUGAACAUGACAUCUUUGGGAUUCACAUCCAAGUCAUGAGGUGCUAGGACCAGACUGCCAAAACAUUGUUUGAAAUAGUCAAUUAAUCAUUGAUUAACAAUCUAGGUUUUGUAUCCCCUCCUUAGCCACAAUUAUGCAGACCUGUGGUUGUUUAGUUCUAUGAAUCCCAUUCAGGUUUCAGUUGUGGGUUUCUCUGUUGGACUGUAGCUUUUCAUAUUCAGCAAAAUGUGUUUUAAUCAACACUAAAUAAUUUAACUAGUCGAAAGUACUUGCCUCAAAUGCCUGGACUUUAGAUACUUUAUUAUCUACUAAAGGCAACAUUACCUUUUAAAUGUAAUCUGACAUUUUUUUAAUUGCUCCUUUUUCCCCUUUUCCCUCUUAUUUUAUUUCCCCUAAAUAAUUUGCUUUUCAGUGUUUUGAACUCCCCUGGUACUAAAGCUAAUCAGUAGUGAUCAGAGUGACUGCAGGCAGCUCAUGAAUGGAACUGUGACAGGUUAAGCUGUCCUUUGACAUGCCAGGGCAUGGAACUUUAAACUGGAAAUAUUAGAAAUGUGGGUUGGGUUUUUUUUUAACCUUUUUUCCAGGUUUCAGAACAUUUUGGGAGGGAGGGAAGGAAGAAUAGAAAGACACAUUUUGCUAAUCAAACAUUGUAAAGACUAUUUGAUUUUUAUUUAAGAAUUUACAGGCAUUUACAAUGUUGCUGUGUUGCCAAAUAGUUUGCUGGGUACAAGUUUGGUUGCUCAUGUGCAAGUGUUUGAAUAAUGUUCUGUUCAUGAUGAAGGGGAAAUUUUUUAUAUAAAGUACUUGUUUUAUAAAUAAAAGAAAAUGAAGGAUGUAAUUAAAUGUGUGGUUUGGAAAAAAAAAAUCCUAAUAUAUUACAAAUGGAUCUGGUAAUGAUAUAUAGUUGUCUUAUUUGAAAUAGUAAACGAAAAUUCUAGCUAAUUUAAUGAUUGUAAAACAGUAAAUAUGUUCUUGUAGUUUUGUAUAAUUAAUUAGUUGGGAUCUUUGCUGACCAGUUUUAAUUGUGCAGAAGAUGGUAUACUAAUCCAUAACAGCUGAGAUCAUUUAUAUUCUUGCACAUCUAUUAAAGACUUUAAUGAAAAAGUUAA